CAGAUAUCUCGAUAGGGUAAAACGCGUUGGUCCAGUUGCUCCUGGAGCUGGAACGUUAAGGAAACGGUACAGAAGAGUGGUUUGAAACUUAAGAGGAAAGAAAGGAUAUCUGUGCGACAGAUUCACACAUCCCCGUUACGAGCAAUUGCUUGAAAACGUCCUUGAAAUUGGUCGGAGAUCAUUAUGGAGAGUGGGAGGUUGGAUUUAGAUAGCGCUGAGGCGAACGGGAACAGUAAGGAAACGGCAGUUGCCACGUACAAGGCGCUACCGGACGAAGACUGCAACAGGCAAGACAAAGGAGAAAAUAUCGCUAUGGGAAAGCCGAAUAACGAAACUGAUAUUGACGAUGAGGUGCAUGAGAAAAUUCUCAAAGACGAGAAUAAAGUCACUCCCGUGAAAGAUGCAGAGGUAAUCAAAUUUAUUUCUGAGAAUGGAGAUGCUAAGAUCGAUAUUGAGACUGUUAAACAAGCCCUUUCUGGAAUGGGCAAGGAGGAAUUAAUGAAAUUUGCUAACGACCCAUUUUGGAUUCGAUUAAGAUGGUUCUUAUUUAUUAGCUUUUGGCUACUUUGGGUUGCUAUGCUAGGUGGUGCCAUAGCUAUUGUAGUAAUGGCACCAAAAUGCACAGCACCAAAACCAAAAGAAUGGUGGGAAAGAAGUCCUAUUGUACAGCUAGAUCCUGUAGAGACAAGCAGUCAUAACUUGAAAGGCAUUGAAUCUCUGUUAGAUACUUUGAAAGCACAAAAUGUAGAUGCAGUGUCUCUUGCAUCUGUAAUUAAAGAAAGUGCAACAGGAGGAAUAGAAGAUUUCAGGGAUAUUAAGCCAGAAGUGGGAACUAUAAGUGAUCUGGAGGCUCUCAUAAAGAGUGCAAAAGAAAGAGAUCAGCAUAUUAUUUUAGAAUUAGAUCCAACUCACACAUCAACUGAACAUCAAUGGUUCAAACGUUCAGUAGCAAAAGAAGAUCCAUUUACAUCUUACUAUGUUUGGGCUGAUGGACAAACAGCUUCUGAUGGUAGACGUAAUCCACCUAACAAUUGGUUGAGUGUAAAUGGAGGAUCAGCAUGGGAAUGGAAUGAACAAAGAGAACAAUAUUAUCUUCAUCAGUUUAAUAAAACACAACCCGAAUUGAAUUACAAUAAUCCAGCAGUGGUGGGAGAAUUUUUGGAAAUUUUAAGCCACUGGUUAAAGUUGGGGAUCAGUGGUUUCCGUUUAGCCAAUACUCAGUAUCUAACUGAAGAUCCAGAACUUCGUGAUGAAUAUAGAAGUAAAGUUCCUACUGAUGCAGAUAAUUAUGAUUCACUAGUACAUGCUUAUACUAGGGAUCGCCCGGAAAAUGCCGCGGUAUUAUCAAAGUGGCAUGAAAGAGUGCAUAAUGAAACAGGAGGCUCAGGGUUGUUCACCCUUCAAGAUGAUAUUGGUACUGAUAUGUUACAAGUUUACAAUGAAAAAAUGCGACUUAUUCAUAUACCACAAAAUUCUCAGUUCCUUGCAAAUGCAGAUAGCAGUAUAAAUGCUACAACCUUGCAAAAAGGUAUUUCACAUUGGCUCAACCUCACAUCUUGGCCUGCUUGGAACAUUAAUACUAAAACGCAAAGCAUGAGACAAAGAAUGCCUGCAGACAUUGUGGACAGUUUAACGCUCAUGACGUUACUUUUACCUGGAACUCCGAUACUCAGGCUAAAUGAUACGUUAUCCGCAAGGGAUGCUUUUGCAACAUUAUCAAAAGCACGUGAAAGUUCAACAUUCCUUUAUGGAGAGACAAUGCUUGAAACUGUUAAUGGAAGUGUAUUUGUCUAUACCAGGAGCUGGUUAAAGAGCGGUAAUCCUGGCUAUCUUGUGGCCUAUCAAUCAGCAGAGGAGCCUACCAUAUUGGAUUUAUCUUCCAUACCAAAAAUUUCGGAAGAAAUUAGUGUAGUUACGCAUAGUCCUAACUAUGUGCAAGAUGGCGAUACAAUAAAAACAAAGUUGUACUCUAAAAGCGUUCCUAUAUCGGCAAAGAGUACAGUUGUCUUAACUUUCGUUCCACAGAGUUAACUGCCGAAAUAAAAUAUGCUCAACUUAUUUAUAAUAAUCUCUUGCUUAUCAAUCUUAAACAAUGGCAUUUAUUAUGUAUCAUUAUAUUAUCGCUUGUAUGAAUUGUGAAUCAAUGUAAUUAAAUGUGAUGCAGCAAA